AUUAGAUGUACAUGAGAUGUCAGUGUAGCUCGGAGACACUCAGACACAUCUUCAUCUGCAGUUAAAUAGACAAUAGUAACAAACCGCGGAGAUGACGAUCCUGGAGGUGGGCAGUCAGCUGAUAGAGAGCGCAGUUCUGCAGAUGAGCCUGACUUCAGUUCUGCUGACCGCGUCUGUGUUCACACUGACUCUGGGAUACUUCAGCAAACUGCUCUUCACACAGCACAGCUCUGAACACACGAAGUAUCCUCCUCAUAUCCCGUCCAGUUUGCCGUUUCUGGGUCAGGCUGUGGCGUUCGGCAGGAGCCCCAUCGAGUUUCUGGAGAAGGCGUACGAGCAGUAUGGUCCGGUGGUGAGCUUCACUAUGGUGGGAAAGACCUUCACCUACCUGCUGGGCAGCGACGCGGCGGCUCUGAUGUUCAACAGUAAGAAUGAAGACCUGAACGCCGAGGACGUUUACGCCAGACUCACCACACCUGUGUUCGGCAAGGGCGUGGCCUACGAUGUGCCCAAUCCUUUAUUUCUGGAGCAGAAGAAGAUGCUGAAGACCGGCCUGAACAUCGCACAGUUCAAACAACACGUGGAGAUAAUCGAGGAGGAAACCAAAGAUUACUUCAGACGAUGGGGAGAGAGCGGAGAGAGAAAUCUGUUUGAUGCGCUGUCGGAGCUCAUCAUCCUGACGGCGAGUCGGUGUCUGCACGGAUGUGAGAUUCGCAGUCUGCUGGACGAACGCGUCGCUCAGCUUUACGCAGAUCUGGACGGAGGAUUCACACACGCCGCGUGGCUGCUGCCCGGAUGGCUGCCGCUGCCCAGCUUCAGACGGAGAGAUCGAGCACAUCUGGAGAUCAAGAAAAUCUUCUAUAACGUCAUCAAGAAGCGCAGAGAAGAUACCGAGAAACACGACGACAUCCUGCAGACGCUCAUAGACGCCACGUACAAAGACGGCCGUCCUCUGAGUGACGAUGAGAUCGCGGGGAUGCUGAUCGGGCUGUUGUUAGCGGGUCAGCACACCUCCUCCACCACCAGCGCAUGGAUGGGCUUCUUUCUGGCGCGGGAUCGAGCCCUGCAGGAGCGCUGCUACAGCGAGCAGAAGAGCGUCUGUGGAGAAGAGCUUCCACCACUGCACUAUGAUCAGCUGAAAGACUUGAGUUUGCUGGACCGCUGCCUGAAGGAGACGCUGCGACUGCGGCCGCCAAUAAUGACCAUGAUGAGGAUGGCCAAAACCCCUCAGAAAGUGGGUGAAUACACCAUCCCGCCGGGACACCAGGUGUGUGUGUCUCCCACAGUAAACCACCGUCUGCAGGACACAUGGGCUGAGCGGCUGGAUUUUGACCCAGACCGCUACCUGCACGACAACCCAGCGGCCGGAGAGAAGUUCGCCUACAUCCCAUUCGGAGCAGGUCGCCAUCGCUGCAUUGGGGAAAACUUUGCCUACGUGCAGAUCAAAACCAUCUGGUCGACUCUGCUGCGGAUGUUCGACUUUGAGCUGGUAGACGGACACUUUCCACCAGUCAACUACACAACCAUGAUUCACACACCGCACAACCCCAUCAUCAGAUACACACGGAGAAACACACAACCACAGCAGUGAUGGAAACACUCACAUCAUUGCAUUCAGAUCAGCCUUUUCUUAUUUAAUAUGUGGGUCUCGCUUUACAUUGAGCGUAAUGCAGGCAGUGACAUCAGCACACAGCCAACAGUGCAGUCAUUAUGUGUUCAGUACAACACUACAGUUGCACAUUGUUAGUUGAUGUUAACUCGUGCUGCAUUAAUAAUGUUUACAGGCUUGAGUUUGUAUGUUAAUGCAUUAGUGAAUUCUGACCUCUGACUGAUAAACGCUGUAUUGAAGUGUUGUUCAUUAUCAGUUCAUGCCUGUAAAUACAGUCACUAAUGAAAGCUUGCUGUAAAGCGUGACCCUUAUGGGUUUUAUUUGACCUUGAAGUGACCUGUGCUGCAUAAACACUUAUUUUUGUAUGAUGGAAAGCCUGUAAUGCACACUGUAAAUCAACAGUUUCUGUGUUUUGGGUUUAUUUAUGGUUGUGAAUUGCAUUAUGGGAUGUUGAUCUCUGCUCUGUCCACUUCUGAUGUUGAAAAUUCAACUCUACAGUUUAACAAAGUGACUUUUAUUGAUGCUUUAGUAGUUUAAAAUAAUAUAAGAAUAAUAAUAUCUAGAGGAAUAAGUGUGUAAAAUAAGAGUAAAUGUGCUGGAGUUUAUUAUAAGGUUUCUGUAGCGUAAUAUACAACACCAACACACAUUAUAUAACACUGCAGACUAUUACACAUGACAAUAAAAGUCACGUUCUCAGACUUUUUUAGGUUAAAAGUUGCUGGACGAAGGAUCAAGAUCCCACGAUGCAAUUUAAAAGCGUAAUAAACAAGGCAAAAUACAGUGUAUGAAAAGCUUUUAACAAUAAACUCUUGAUGUUUUA